AUGAAUUCGUUCAUCGGCGACUCUAAUGGUUCGCUGGAUCCUUCCUUUGAAACCAUAGUUACACUUGAGCAAGAUCCACCAGCUCCUCAAGCUGCAUAUCAUCCUAACUCCAACAUGGCUGAGCAAGUAUUCAACAUAACGGAGGUUUCACCUGCUUGGGAUUAUUCCUCUGAGAAAACAAAGACAACUUUCUUCACGAUGCCGCCUCACAAUAUUCAAGACAAUUAUCAAGAAUAUUCAGAUUCCGAUGUGUUGGAACGUUCGAAACACCAGUGGCUAAACUAUGAGGAUGUGGGAGAAGUUUUAAGAUCAGUGGAGGAUCUUACGGUAUCUGUAUCCCAUGUCCCUGUGGAAAAGUUCACAGAAGGUCUGUUUCUGUACAACAGAUGGAGUGUUACCGAUACUGUUUUGUGGGAAGGAGAUAUUAAAAAGACCAAGGACAACACUCCCUUACGGUACACAAGCUCUAGUGUGGAUUUGGAGCCUAUACAGCAUGGUAUCAAAAGCACAUAUCACAGAAGAGUGUAUAAACAUCCUGAGUUUCCAGAUUAUAUCUUGGCACAUUACCAACUGAGGCAUUUCUCAGCUGAUGCUGAACCCGAGGACUCUGGAGAUGAUAGUCAAAACUCAGGUUACACGGAAGAAGAUCCUAUUGCCCCUGAAGUUUAA